CUUUUCGGAGGACUCAUCGUCUUCCAUAUCCUCCAUGCGAUUUCGGAACGCCUCAGCUUCGGGCCCAACGGCGACUGGGCCUACAUCAUCCUAUGCGAUUUGGCAGGGUUCCUGGGGGCCAUGGUCUUCAUGCGCUAUGUGACCUUUGGGACCAUCAUGAUCGGCCUGGUGACGGGGUAUGCCCUCGCCCAGUAUAUCCUCAUCCUCGGAGUCGGAUCCAUCCUUGACCACACCAGCCACAUCAUCUACACGCUUUUGAUCUCGAUGCUUGGCAUCGUGGUCAUGUUCUGGGUCGAGCGACUGAUUGUCGCCUGUGGCUCCGCCUUUGUGGGCUCGCUCCUGGUUGCGGUUGGAGUGGACGUCUUUGCCCGAACGGGAUUCCUGGAGCUGCUGGGCAUGGCCAUGAUGGGCCCGCUUCCGUCGCCUCAAUUCUACCCAGGGGCCAUCUGGGCAUUCGUGUCGAUGGUUGGCAUCCUGGCUGCUAUCGGAGUGGCCGUGCAGACUCGCCCGCCCGUGUCGGUGCCAACAUCGCAUUGGUGGUAUUACUGGUUUGCUCCUCGUCCAGGCCAGCCACCCACGAGCUGGAUCACCGGCAAGCCGAUUACCUCACUGCUCGUGAAUCCUCCUGCCAAUACACUGGUCUAGAGCAAAUACGUCCGGAACAACGAUGACGAUACCGAGAGUCGUUGCUACCGGCACCGGGCACCACGGCAACAGCAACAGCAACAGCAACAGCAACAGCAACACAACAUGGGCAUUCCAGAAUGAUCGCCACGACCCAGCACUCGCCCACACCACAAUCUCUGUGUGGCGACAGAUGUAUUGACGACGGCAGCGACUGAAUACAUUUAGAAAAUGCCCAGACAAUAGUACAUACAGGAGGGGAACAUCAGAAUCCAAGCGACUAUGGAGCAGUGGUGGUGGU